AUGGAUUCCGCAGACUCCAUAGCCGACAAGGCAAUUGGAAGGAUGCAAGAGAUUGCGGACAAGAUAUUUGCCGUAGCUCGGGAAACAAUCCGUCCAGGCCGUGGGUUGACCUCAUUUGACGCUACCAAACUUCGUGUAGCAUUGGAGGACAUAGCUUGCAUGCUGGAGCAAGACUCUCUGGUGUUGCAAGAGAAUUUGGACAACGUGAACAACGUUAACAACCCGGGUGACAGCAGCUACGAACCGUCAACCUUGUCCUCACCACCCCCCGCUGACGACUACCUUACUCCAGAUUGGGACUUUGCGGAGCACUUUGAAAACUUCUGGGGUCUAGAAUAUGACUCGGACCAGAUGCCUUCGUUUAGUGACAAUGAGGUUUAACUUAGACCAUGGUGAACCUUUGAAUAAGAUGGUAGUUUAACAG